GUUAGGUGUGUUAGUGUUCGCUGUGAGUAGACCGAGCCACUUGUUUCUUCACCACACACCCUUUGCCACUGAGAUUAUGAAGAAAAGUAAACUUAAUUCUGGGACAGCUAAGAAAAAGACAAUCAAAGUUGAAGAGAAACCUACAGAGAAAACCGAAAACGUGCCGGUAAAAGUUGAUUCUUUGGACGAUGAAGAACAAGGAUUCGGUGGAUGGUUAAGAUCAUCAGACGGCCUGGAGACGAUGAAACUAUUUGUGAUAGCAAAUAGCAUUGUGAUGCUUACUACAAUUGUGUACCCACACGCUCAAGCUAUCUUCGAGGUCGUUUCCGAUAUGAUUUAUGGCACCGACAUUUUGUACGACGAUUGAAUUGAUUACGUAAACGCUAUUUAUACAUAAGCCUUGGGAGAUUUGUUUGGGAGCCUGCAUCAUCGGAUCUCAGUUUCCUUUAGUAUUUAUUAUUUAUGGAAUAUGUUUGAGUGAGCGUCUGAAUGUAUUUUAUGUUGACGAUAUUGUAACAUGCGAUUAUACUGUGCUCCAUAUAGAGAAUCGUUAAUAUUCAAGCACGUUUGUAUUACCUUUACGUUGACCGUACUUUUUGCAAUUUUAAUUUAACCACAGUCACAUGGAGUGUUAAUGUACUCAACACUAUUAAAACUGCCAUUUUCUCUAUACCUUUAGUAUCUUAAACAUUUAGCUUCUUUUAGUACAUUGCAAAAAGUUUUGUCUAAUAACUUGAAUUUCUUCGUGCGCUCGCUAGUUUCUUUUCUCUUGCCUUUAAACUAAGUGGGCGAUAAGUUCUGUUCAAACGUUUAUGUGAGGGAACUUUGUAAUUAUAUUUUAAAAUAUUUUUGUACGAUAUUAAAGUUAAAUGUAAGGUCAUCCAUGUAAGCGUAAGUUAAGAGUUUGCAGAU